UCUUCUCAGCCCGAUCCCUCAGUGUCCCUGGGAAGGGCCGGCCCGAUCACACCCCUCCCCGGCCGGGCGGCUCAGCCUCUUCCUGUCCUCCCAAUUAUCACAUGAGGACGAUCCGAUCCGGGGAGAGAUCAGCCGGCAGAGAUGUCCGCAGCCUCCCCGCUCCGAUCCCCGACACUGCAGCGCAGCCGCAUGAAGAAGGAUGAGUCUUUCCUGGGGAAGCUGGGGGGGACCCUGGCCAGGAAGAAGAAAAACAAGGAGGUGAGUGAUCUCCAGGAAGAAGGAAAAAAUGCCAUCAAUGCGCCAAUGUCCCCCGCUCCUAUUGACAUCCACCCGGAGGACACCCUGCUUGAGGAGAAUGAGGAGAGGACCAUGAUCGACCCCAAUUCCAAGGAAGACUCCAAGUUUAAGGAACUGGUGAAGGUUCUUAUAGAUUGGAUCAACGAGGUCCUAGUGGAGGACAGGAUUAUAGUGAAGAACCUGGAGGAAGACUUCUAUGACGGACAAGUCCUGCAGAAGCUAUUAGAAAAACUCGCUAAUUGCAAGCUGAGUGUGGCAGAGGUGACGCAGUCUGAGAUCGCACAGAAGCAGAAGCUGCAGAACAUCUUAGAUGAUAUCCAGGAGCUUUUGAGGCCGCAGGGGUGGGCGAUACGAUGGAAUGUGGACUCUAUUCAUGGGAAGAAUUUGGUUGCCAUUUUGCAUCUUUUGGUGGCCCUGGCCAUGCACUUUCGAGCUCCAAUUCGACUUCCUGAACACGUGUGUGUGCAAGUGGUGGUGGUAAAGAAACGUGAAGGGAUCCUACAGACAGCCCAUGUAACAGAGGAGCUGACCACCACAAUGGAAUUGAUGAUGGGAAAAUUUGAGCGAGACGCGUUUGACACUCUGUUUGACCACGCCCCCGAUAAACUGAGCGUUGUUAAAAAGUCACUGAUCACUUUUGUGAAUAAACAUCUGAACAAGCUGAACCUGGAGGUGACCGAGUUGGAGUCUCAGUUUGCAGAUGGAGUUUACCUGGUCCUUUUGAUGGGACUUCUGGAGAACUAUUUUGUCCCUCUGCACAACUUCUAUCUAACUCCAGAGGGAUUUGAGCAAAAGGUUCACAAUAUUUCCUUUUCGUUUGAACUGAUGCAAGAUGGUGGACUGAAGAAACCUAAAGCCAGACCUGAAGACAUUGUUAACCUGGACCUGAAGUCGACCCUGAGAGUGUUAUAUAACCUGUUUACAAAGUACAAGAAUGUGGAAUGAUCUACCGGUCAGAAAAGGCCAGUCUGCAAGUCUUCCCUGUGCCUUAUGUCUGCUAUCCUAAAAGACCAGUUACUCAUGUUGGACCUCCAAUACAGAGACUUCCGCAGAUCAGAACCACUGCUUUGUACAUAACAUUUUACUAAAGAAACCAUUUUGAACUUGUAUAUUAUGUGGAGCCACGAGAGUCCAUAUGUUGGGGUAUGUUUGCAAUCUAGGCUAAGUUCAGAUGUAAAAUAUCAAAGCACAAGAAAGAGCAUAGUGUAGAAAGUCUUCUUCUCAUAGGUUCAAACCAACUUCACAAUGGUGGCUGUGUGCUUUCCAAGCAGUGGAUCCAUUGCUCUGCUUUUGCUAAAUACCAACAUUGAUGGCCUUAAGUGGAGGUUCCUGGUUUUGUCACACCACUGUAACUCCGUGUCGGUGUGCUCUUUAUGGUGCUUUGAUCUUUAUAGUUGUAGGAACGCUCCUCACUAGUCUCCUCUAAGCUGGAUCACUUGGCUUUCUCUCGUUUAUGAACAUUGGAUUUAUUUUCCAUGUAGACUGCCUUUACUUUAUAAGGUAUUUCCACCUUUUACAUCACAAAUUUUACAGAAGAAUUGCAAACACCCUCCCCACCACAUCGGGCAUCGAUGUACUUAUCUGCUGUGCCAAUGAUUUUAUGCUGCCCACAAAAGCCGGCAAACUAAUCUGUACAUUUUUUUAAAAUUAUUAUUUUCUGUACCAGGCUACAAAGGCGGUAUAGCUGCAUAUUUCUAGCAAUGGCUAACAGUCAUUGGGUCAGCUCAGUUGACUGCACUAACCACUGACAGUCUUUUUUUCUUCUUGGGAGUAGAAUAGACUGUCAUUGGUCAGCAACUGUCAUGUGACUGCUAGCCAUUGUUGGCAAUGUGCUGCUAUGCAGCUUCCAGGGCUGUGUAUGGAGUAUAAAAGUGUAUGGAUCCGUACACUGGCAGACGUGGGUGGUGAAAGAUUAUCCGCACAGCAGAUGAGUGCAGCAUUGAUCGUGGGGAGGGUAUUUGGGAUUCUUAAAAUUUUUGGUGUAAAGGUGGAAUUAAUUUCGAAGUUGUGUUUUUUUUUUUUUUUGGUAUGUGUGGGUGAUACUGUGUCAUGUGAUAUCACACUUGGAUAUAUUAACAUAAUGUAGAUACUUUUUAUAUAACUGAAUACAUUUCUGUCUCAUGAGCAUACCAGUGGGAGUUAAAUAUUUAUUUCUCCCUAGCAGUCUUCAUUCAGAAAGCAACUUCCCGUCUUUUCGAUUUCUUGUGGUCUGCGCUUUUUGUGGGGCAGUCUACAACUGGGACAAACGGCGUUGGUGAUCAACCCUUGAUCUGUCAUAUUCGAAAAAAAUAUUUUUUUUAUAAAGUGCAUCUGUGGUGAGAGAAAUGGAAAGAAUGAUUAGUAUUGCUGACCCCCUUCUGAAAAUGCUAGUUUUCUGGCUGUGUCUGGUGCCAGUUUCUCAAACCCAGAACAAAGCGUACCUUUCAAUUCAAGUCAGGAAAAGGACUGAAUUCUUUCUUUCUAGACUUCCCACCAUUUCUUCCUAUGUUGCACCCGCUGUAAAAUACCAGGUAUCUGAGCUUGCAGGGAGAUACAGAGUAAUCUGCUCCGUCAUUGGGAGGAGGUCACAUGCUUCCUUAUUCCUGGAAGCACUGAGCAUUUGGCAGUAGCUGCAAAGGAGCAUGCAGAGCAUUUCCAUUGUUUUGAUUGACAACUGUGUGAGAGGGUCAUUUCCCUCAAUUUGAGGAAACCCCUCGCUUCCUGUUAGGUGUGAUUGGCUCCCCUAGUCAACAGCUUUCAUAUCGCUUUAGAUUUGACAACCAGUUAUGUGUACAUAAAGGGAACUUUUUUUUGGACCCUCCUUUUUGAUCAGUCUGUGUCCUCCUCAGGGAAGAUUCAUCCCCCUAUUUUUCCUGCUGAGCAUUGUCAACAAGACAGAAACAUGAGCAAUCUUCCAUUGGUGACGCCUAUCUAAGAUGGAGAAUCCCCUCGCUUGUUGGAGUUUCCCUCUCAAUUCCUGUUGGUUCUCCAAGAAAGGAAAUGAAGAGAUCUUCCCAGCAGGACACAUACAGCAGAAAACAACCUGGCAGAGGGGUUUUCAAAACCUCUAUCCAGCGAUUUCUAACCCUUUCCUUCCCAGCCUGGCUGUCCUUGGCCUAUCCCUUUUUAUUUUUGGAUUUCAGUUCUUUAAGUCAUGGAGACUCGGCAUCACUUGGCAUUGCAUAGGGCAGUCUGCAUUUAAAUAGUCUGCCUAAGAACACCCAAUCCCUCCCACCAGUCAUGGUCUGCCUACAUUGUUUAGAGAUGCAUGGAGAUCCAAUAAUGACAUCACAGGGUCUUAAGGUAUUUAAUGAAUACGUUUUAUUAUAAAAAAAAAAGGGAAGAAACAAGGAACCAAGGAAGACCAAAUGUAAGCAGAUCAAAGUUCUGCAUCAUUAAAUGCCAUUGACUUGAUUACCCACAAGGUUGUGCAUCUCAGCCCAGUACCAAAAAAAAGUGAAGCUGUUUUCUAAGGGUUGAAUAACAAUGUUGUAUAUUAACAUGAAUUAACAUCAAACUUACAGCACCAGAUUCUGCCCAAAGCUAACACACUACCAAAGAUUUCUCAUUCCACUGACAGAACUGUUAUCGAAUUGCGGCUAUUUGUUGAGAUUUAAUGAAAUGUUUAAUACUGAGUGUCAGUCUCGAAUUAAUAGACUUCAUAGCCAUUUAUAAGUAAUUUGCAAGGCAGAUGUUAAAGCUGAACUCCAGUCUGAUUAAAAAAAAAAAAAAAAAAACAUACCGGUACACCAAUUUAAUGCAAUUCUGGAAUCAUCAAAAUGUGUGUUGUUUUUUUUUGUUUUUUUUUUUGUGAACUCAAGCAGUGCAAGCACCUGAAUUUGGAUUGGAUAGGUAUUGGCCUCUAGCAUUCCCUGUACAGCAGAGCUCAAACUGGUAAAGGGGAGGGGGGCAGCACUGGGAGCAAUCAGGGGUGCUGCAUACAAACAUGAUGACCAGGAACCUUCUACUAGGAAAGAGCAGAGGGAUUAGCUCCUUGGCCUGCUGCAGCCCUGUUCUGGAGACGUGACUUCACUAACUAAGUGGUGUCCUCAGCCUGGCUGUACUAAGUGGCAGAGCUGUGUAAAUCUCAGGACUGAAUGGACAACCGUACAAAUCUUUUGCCAUGUAAAUACCUGUGUGCUUGGUUGUUUGCCUGGAGUUUAGCUUUAAACUUCUAGGAAGUGCACUUAUUACAAUAUAAAGGGUGCUACUGUUGACCUUUCCUCCAGGGAAGGCCAGUUGGCUGGAAAUCCCAGGCUUCCGUAUUAAUGCACAAUAAGUAUGCAGUUGCUGCAUACUUGCAUCAGGUCAGUGGUUCUGAAAUCUGAGAAAUGCAUGUCUGGUUGCCAGUCUAUAAGGAUGAUAUACAACCCAGUCUGAGUGUCUCCUGUGCCAAUGAGCCUAUGACGUUCCAAUGUGCUUUGGUAUUUUUUAGUGUGAUAUCUAUCACUAUCCUAGUGCCUCCAUGUAUGUGGUCCUCUGGCUAAGGGUGCCAUGUUGUUUUCUCAUAACUAGGCAGCUUUUUUGACCUUCCAGGAUUACAGCACUUUAUAUUACCCUGUAGAAAAUUCGGACAUCUGAAUCAAUGUUUUUGGUUGCCUCAUUUCCAUGAGUCACAUUCAAGCCUUCACUGGAAAUUGACCAUCGAAGGAUUUUUUUUUUCUUUUAAUUAAUGGAGCAAAACAGAUGGUUCUUAUUUCAGAUACUUGAGCAGAGAAAUUUGUAGCGGUCAUGAAAUUUCAUUCUUCAAGGGCAGCCAUAAUAGCCAUAUGCCUAUUCCCACAGCAACAAUCUAUACUUUAAAAUAUGUCCAUUACACUCAAGUGAAUCUUCCUAGUAGGCAGGCCUGGUUAACCAGGGAAUUUAUUAGAAACGGUUAACAUCUUUGUAAUGUUUCUAGUGAACUGAGGUUGAAUCCUUGACUUUGUCAUGGAAUGGUAACGACCACCAUGUAUGGGUGACAAGUACUGGAGCCCCCUGUAUGUUAAGAGUACCACGUCCCAUCAUAUUAUACAUAAAACAAACAAAGGUCCUAUUCCCAUGAACAAGCCAAACCACAAUAGAACACAGGCAGUCCCAGAGUUACGAACGGGCUAGGGACUGUAGGUUUGUUUUCAAGUCGAAUAUGUUCGUAAGUCGGAACAGCAUGCGCAGAACGGCAGAGACGUAAUUUUUCGAUGUUCUGUCGAAAGAGCCUGCCAUCGAAAAGUGGUCGCACAUGCGCAGAACGGCAGAGACGUCACGCCGUCUCCCGUUCAUAAGUAGGAGUCGUUCGCAAGUCGGAUGUUCGUAACUCGGGGACUGCCUGUAUGGGACUUUUUUUUUAUGGUGCAUAUAUAUGAAAAUUUGAGUUCAUCAAAGAAUAUCAAUUAUUUGAUCAACUUAAAUGAUUAUAUAUAUACCAUUACAAGCCUGGUAUUCUACUGUGGUUUGGCUGGUCCAUGGGGAAUAAGCUUUUUUUAUUUUAUUUUAAGUAUCCUCAUUAAUUGGGGAUUACCUCUGCUGAGACAAGAUUUGUAGAGAUCCAUAGGACUAUUAGAAAAGACACCAUAGAGCUUAAAGGCACAGUCAAUUGAUCUCAUAAUUAAUUUGCAUUUACUACUGUUUUGUGUUGAAGCCUGCAGAGCAUUGCAUUUGAUAUGCACAUCACAGGCGUCGUAUGGAUCUGUUUAUGGGGCUGCAGGAAGUGUGGCUAAACUACGGCUUGAAGAAGGAUCCAUGGGGCGCUCUACAGUAGUCUCUAUACCAUGAUGGCAUUUGGGACUUGUAGCGAUUUCCAUUGAACAAUCCCAGACGUUAAUGAAAUGGCUGCGUGUGGCCCUGCUAAACUGAGAUAAUUACAAAAUGCCGUAGGAAAAAUUGCCCCACGAUUUAUGUAAGUAGGGGUCAGUUUGAGAUUUGGGGAUAUUUUAAUGCAACCAUGCAUCAUGUUAAUCCCCUAAUAUAGAUGUAACAUGAAACAUACUCAAAAGUGGAUUUAGCCUUUAAAUCAACUUGGAGAAAAAAAAGACCUUGCAAGAGUUAAACGUUUAAGCCAGCUUGCUGUCCCUAUUCCUCUUUACACAUUAUAUUGCUUUUAGCGCAACCUCACUGAAUGGGCUUCAUGAAUUCUGAUUUUAUUGACCUCGAUAAAGUUUAGAUUCACAAGCUUUGCCCACUUCAGGGUGUGCUAGUUUGCUGUAUGAAAUGCUGUUUUUUCUUUCUUCAAGAUGGAGAAUACCUUUUUUAUAUACCUUAAGUAUUUAUUUGACCUUAUUUUGAAGACUUGAACUUUUUUCUGCUGUUUUUUGCAAUUUGUGUUUUUAAACUUGAAAGAACAUUAAAUUGCAUGUUGUGCUCUGAGUCAUUUUAUCGAAAUUAUACCAAAGAAAUGGACAUGCUGCAUUAGUUGCGUGUGCCUGGAGAAACGUUCUGGUCUGACUGUGUAGACAUGUGGUUUGUUUGAGCGUUGGAUUAACCUGUACUUGACUUGCUAUUUAUACCACUUGACUUUUUGUAUUAAACAUUCUUGUAUUUAUUUCA